GUUCUCCACUUGCCAUUGCCUUGUCUCCAACGCCAAUAAAGAGGAAAAAAAAAACAUUAGAGCAAGAAGAAGGAGAAAGAAAAACUGGAGCUUAUCAAGGAGAAUGAAAUAAAGGAAGAGAAACUAAUUGGAUUUUUAAAAAUCCAAUUAAUUAUAAGGCUAAUUGCAGAUGAUUUGAGGCUCUGAAGGUCUUUGAGGAUGUUGGACUUAAACAGAAUAGAACCUGAAGAAGGAAAGAUAGAAUUGGAUCAUCACGCUAACUAUGAUAUUGAUCACAAAUCUAAUCUUAGAUAUGGUGAUUGGGUCACUUUCAAGAGCCAUUCAUCUAAAACAGUUCGAAUCUCUCGACCCGAAUCUUCGAGAGUUAAAAAUUCUGAUAGUAGUGAACCUCAGGAUGCAGAUUAUCCCUCACUUAGCUAUGAACUCGAGAGCGAGAUUCUAGCCAGGUUUCCUAGGUGGGAGUACUGGAAACUUUGCCUCGUAAACAAGAGAUGUUCAAUGCUUCUAAAGAGCGGCGAUAUAUUUCAGAUUCGUAAAGAGAAUGGGUUCAAAGAACCUUCGGUGUUUAUGUUAGCAAGUGGGGAGACUAACUGGUGGACAUUUGAUCGUGAGUUCAAGUCCAGAAGGAAAAUCCCUGAUUUACCCUCAGAUGUUUGCUUUACGUUUGGCGAUAAGGAAUCGCUUUGUGCAGGCACACAUUUACUCGUCUCGGGUAAGGAAAUCGAUGGUCUCGUUAUUUGGAGGUUCGAAUUAGCAACGAAUAGCUGGUACAGAGGUCCCUCUAUGGUUAAUCCUAGGUGUUUAUUUGCAUCAGCUACUUGUGGUACCUCUGCUUUUGUUGCUGGUGGUGUUGGUAGUAUGGCGAAUAGUCAGGUCUAUGACACGGCUGAGAAAUACAACCCCGAUAGCAGAUCAUGGGACCCACUACCGAGGAUGAAGAGGAAGAGGAAACUCUGUGCGGGAUGUUACAUGGACAACAAGUUCUACGUGAUCGGGGGAAGGAACAAGAACGGUGAGUUAACAUGUGGAGAAUUCUUCGAUGAGGGUAAGAAUAGAUGGGAGCUGAUUCCGGACAUGUUGAGGGACGAUCCGGAACCAGAGGGACACUCACCGCCACUCAUAGCUGUCGUGAACAACGAGCUGUACUCGCUCGAGGCUUCUUCAAAUCAGCUGAAGGUUUACUUGAAAAGAAGCAACACUUGGAGAAUGUUAGGGCAAGUACCAGUGAAAGCUGAUUUUAACAGGGGAUGGGGCAUUGCUUUCAAGUCACUGGGAAAUGAACUACUUGUAAUCGGAGCUGCUUCGUCAUCAACGUCUUAUUCGGGUAAUUCCAUGGCUAUAUAUACUUGCUGUCCUGAUCCUGAUGCAACUGAGUUGCAGUGGAAACCUCUCGACAGUGGUCGAAAUCGACUUAGUAGUUUUAUCUUAAAUUGUUCAGUUAUGGUAGCUUGAAUAAUUCCGCUAAUU